AUGAACAGAAAAGAAGUUGGUCAUGAUGAUGUGCAAAUGGGAGCGAUCCUAAUGAGAGAUCUAUCAGCGGAGUCACCGCCAUCUUCAGUGCCAUCAUCCUCAAGUGGAGCCGUUCUCGUUCGCCCACCCAAAUUGCUAACAGAGGUCCUUCAACAGGAUUGCAAUGAAUUACUGAAACAAGAGUGUCAACCAUCUGCAACCCUUCCCAUACAUAUAUUGCAGCAAUAUAGGGAUGAAGAGAAGGUACCGAUGUUUCUCGUGAAAAUGUGGAAUAUCCUUGAAGAUCCGGAAUUUCAAAAUAUAAUAUGCUGGGAUAAGAGCGGAUAUAGUUUCCAUGUAUUGGAUCCACAUCUGUUUUGCCGUAUAGUUUUGCCGCAGUUUUUCAAACACAAUAACCUGAAUAGCCUGAUACGCCAGCUCAACAUGUAUGGUUUCCGGAAAAUGACGCCCAUCGAGAAAUCAAGUUUGGCACGAUCUGAAAGUGAUCAGGAUCAUUUGGAAUUUUCUCAUCCGAAUUUUAUCCAGCAUCAUCCCGAAUUGUUGGUUAAUAUCAAGCGCAAAACUCCUGGUAAUCGUAACAACGAGAAUAAUUCAGUGGCUAUGCCCCCAAAAGAAAUAAGUGUCCUUGUGGAUGAAAUACGACAGCUGCGUGAAAAGCAGCGAACAAUGGAAAAUAAAAUGGCACAUCUUGUAAAAGAGAAUGAAGCAAUGUGGCAGCAAGUAUCACAUCUUCGAAAUCAACAUGUUAAGCAACAGCAUGUUGUCAACAAAUUGGUCCAAUUUCUGGUAGCACUCGUACAGCCUUCACAGAAACGUCUUGGGAAACGAAACUUAUUGGCGAUCGACGAAGUACUUUUAGUCUUGUCCUUAUUAAAUGUGCAACUUUCUAGUGAAACUAAAAUAGUGAUUGGUGUUAAACGUGCACGAAUGGCUAGUACUUCUACGCAACUUGGGCAGCCGAGUAAUCUUGCUGAAAUUAUUGAUCGCUUGCAUCGUGAAAUCUCUGAUAAUACAAAUGGUCAAACGAAGCUAAAUUUAAAUGUAUUUAGCUCACACUCUGAUCAGGGUCCAAUUAUUGCGGAUGUUACCGAUGAACCGGAAAAUACUGCUGUCGUAGGGCCAAAUGUGCAGGCAGCAGUUGUUCCCAUGUUAACUGCUACACAUUUGCAACCUGCUCCUGCUAAUACAUCGCAAGUUUCAACUAAUUCCCCUAACCCGAUCUCAUUAUCACCAUCAUUGGACAGACAAAUAUCCGAAGAGUUAGCUGAGUACUUGAGCGGACAGGAGCAGAGUAUUGACAACUGUCGUGAUCUGCUUGGAAACUGCUGGGAUACCAUGAUGACUGAUGAUGUAGAAGAUGGCGAACCAAUUGAACGGCAACCUCUUAUGCUAGAAGAUCGUGAUCCAAUAUUGGCAUUGGACGAAGUACCAACCACCCCAGAUUUACUGACACCACUGGCAAGCCCUUCCCGUAAUAAUAUUUAA